AUGGCUGUGCGACAAAGUAACAUGAUGGAAACCUAUCACGGCCUCGUGCGGACUCCCGCAGACGCAAUCAAAUUAUUUGAGGCAUGCAGGCUCGGCCUACUGCCUCGUGUGCAGCGCAGAUUAUCAGAGAAGGAGCGCCAGUCAAUCCGAUCCGGGUCGGUCUUUGUUUGGGACGAGAGGGAAGCCGGCAUGCGCAGGUGGACAGACGGAAAAUCAUGGAGUGCGAGCAGAGUCUCUGGCAGCUUCCUCACCUACCGAGAGAUGGAGGGCAAGCGUGGCGGCGGCUUUGGCGCAUCACGGAGGAGCGCCGGCAAGACACCAGACUCUGGUCGCGGUAGCGACGAGGACCCCGACGACGGCGAGCCCGAUGGAUACCGGUACAAGGCCGACGGUCUCAUGAAGCAGUCCUUCAGCAUCACCACCUCCCAGGGCCAGCACCUCCACCUGAUCUCAUACUUCUCGCGCCCACACCCCAGCGAGCCAGAGCUCCCACAACCCAGCUCAGACCCCAGUCUGAGGCACAUCGUGCCCGUCAAGGGCAUGUACCCCGAGUCGAGCAUGAACGAGCAGCCCGUGCCUGCCAUGACCAGGACACCUAUGGCAUCUGCAUACGCACCCGCACCACCACACCCAGCACAAUACCACCCACAAUACGCACAACAAUCACCAUACCCGGGCUGGCCGCCCUCUCCAGUUGCGACGCCGCCCUACAGCCACUACACGGUGUCUGCUCCUUACCCGCCAGCACAGCUACCACCACCACCACCAGCCGGGGUUCCUUACCCGCCACCUCACCACGGCCACCCUCACCAGUACCUCCCAGGGCCGCCUCCACCGCACCCUGCGUACGACCGCCCCCAGCUGCCACCACCGGGAUCCGCCUCGCAACCACGAGUCACCCCGUCAAUGCUGCCGCACUACAGCCAAGGGCAACCACAGCUUAGGUCGCCCCAUCUGGCGCAAAUCAGGAUAAACGAGGAGUCGCCACGCCUACAACAAUUACAGUUGAAGGCUGGCGGGGCUGGACGGACGAUGCCCGGGCCUCUGCCCGCAGUACACAGCUCGACGCCACCUCCACGCGCGUUGUCGCAGUCGCCACCAAAUGUCGGUAACAAGGCCAGCCUUUCAGCGCUGCUGCACCCCCAACCCACACCGACAAGCUCGGAGCCAAACAGCGCGGCGGGCAGCAACAGCGCGACGAGCAGCCCCCGUGGAACCGGUGCCGCCAUGGGUAGUGGUACUAUGAGCAGCAGCGCCAUGAACAACGCUGCCGCGGCGGGGUUGAUGGCCAAGGGUUUCCACGAGGACGCAAGAGCACUGGACGUUCUCAACAAGAAAUUUUCCAUUUGA